AUGCUUAGCGCACUGGCCUGCUGUCUGGAAAGGCUGGGGCUGUGGGUCCACGCGGAGACACCUCUGAAGAAGGCGUGCACCGUCCAGGUCAAGUUAGAGCUGGGACACCGCGCCCAACUUCGGAAGAAGCCCACCACCGAGGGCUUCACCCACGACUGGACGGUGUUCGUCCGUGGCCCCGAGCAGUGUGAGAUCCAGCACUUCGUGGAGAAGGUGGUCUUCUGGCUGCAUGACAGCUUCCCCAAGCCCAAACGCGUGUGCAAGGAGCCCCCCUACAAAGUGGAAGAGUCGGGAUAUGCUGGCUUCAUCAUGCCCAUCGAGGUGCACUUCAAAAACAAGGAGGAGCCAAGGAAGGUGUGCUUCACCUAUGACCUGUUCCUGAACCUGGAGGGCAACCCGCCAGUGAACCACCUCCGCUGCGAGAAGCUGACCUUCAACAACCCCACCUAUGAGUUCCGGUGCAAGCUGCUGAGGGCAGGCGGGGUGAUGGUAAUGCCUGAAGGAGAAACGGUGUCCAGGCCCAGCCCCGACUACCCCAUGUUACCCACAAUUCCACUCUCUGCCUUCUCUGACCCCAAGAAGACCAAACCAUCCCACAGCACCAAGGAUGCCAACAAGGAGAGCAGCAAGACCUCCAAACCGCACAAGGUGACCAAGGAGCACCGAGAGCGCCCUCGAAAGGACUCAGAGAGCAAGGGCGCCUCCAAGGAGCCAGAGCGCGAGCCUCCCAAGGCCUCCAAGGACGCCUCUCGCAAGCUGGGCGAGGGUCGGCCGCCCAAGGAGGAGAAGGCGCCGCCGCCCAAGGCCGCCUUCAAGGAGCCCAAGAUGGCCCUGAAGGAGACCAAGCUGGAGAGCCUGUCUCCCAAGGGGGGGCCCCCAGCCGCACCCCCGUCCAAGUCUUCCAGCAAGCGGCCUGCCCCCGCUGACUCGCCCAAGCCCAGUGCCAAAAAGCAGAAGAAGAGCAGCUCCAAGGGGUCCCGGAGCGCCCCGGGCACAUCCCCGCGCACCUCGUCUUCCUCCCUCUCGGACAAAAAGCCAGCCAAGGACAAGAGCAGCACCAAGGGGGAGAAGCUCAAGACCGAGAGUGAGCCCAAGGAGCCCAAGAAGGCGCUGGAGGUGGAGGAGUCCAACUCGGAGGACGAGGCCUCCUUCAAGUCAGAGUCGGCCCGGUCCAGCCCCUCCAGUUCCAGCUCCAGCGCAGACUCCAGCUCCGACUCAGACUUCGAGCCGUCCCAGAACCACAGUCAAGGCCCCCUGCGCUCCAUGGUGGAAGACCUGCAGUCAGAGGAGUCCGAUGAGGAUGACUCUUCAUCCGGUGAGGAAGCGGCGGUCAAGACGAACCCGGGCCGAGAUUCCAGGCUGAGCUUCAGUGACAGUGAGAGUGACAACAGUGCUGACUCCUGCGUGCCCAGCCGAGAGCCCCCGCCCCCACAGAAGCCACCCCCGCCCAGCAGCAAGGCAUCAGGCCGGAGGAGUCCCGAGUCCUGCAGCAAGCCUGAGAAGAUCCUUAAGAAGGGCACUUACGACAAGGCCUACACGGACGAGCUGGUGGAGCUGCACCGGAGGCUGAUGGCCCUGCGGGAGCGCAACGUGCUGCAGCAGAUUGUGAAUCUGAUAGAAGAGACGGGGCACUUCAAUGUCACCAACACCACCUUUGACUUCGACCUUUUCUCCCUGGAUGAGACCACCGUGCGCAAGCUGCAAAGCUACCUGGAGGCCGUGGCCACAUGA